AUGUCGCCACCAAUACCCCCGCCCCUCCUCCUCGACCAACUCGAGGCCGCUACAUCCAUCGUGAUCGGGAGGGAGCCCACGAAAGGCUCGUUGCCGACUAUUUUUCCGACCAGCCGCGAUUUCCAGAAGAUUACUUUCGGCGUUGUUUUCGCAUGUCAAAACGGUUGUUUAUGCGUAUUGUCCAACACAUUGUCCGCCCGUGUUGAAUACUUUCAAUCAGGUGUAGACGCAACCGGUCGGCAAAGUCUCUCGGCUUUGCAAAAGUGUCUUGUGCCAUCCGACAACUUGCUACUCUUCGACGAGUAUUUGCAUGUGGGUGAGUCAACUGGAAUCCUGUGCCUCAUAAUUUUUGCGACGGCGUUCGUUCUGCUUUCAGCGAGGAAUUCCUUCGGGCACCCACCACCGAAGAUUGUCAACGCUCCGAUGAUCGACUUCACCGUCAACGGAAAUGCAUGCCACAUGAGUUACUAUCUCGCCGAUGGUAUCUACCCAAGGUGGUCGACUUUCGUGAAGACUUUCAGCAAUCUGCAAGACACGAGACAAAUUCUUUUUAGGGAGCGUCAAGAGUCUGCUCGGAAAGAUGUCGAAAGAGCUUUUGGGGUCCUUCAAGGCCGAUUCAACGUUGUGAAGGCCCCGUCUCGGCUGUGGUACGUUAAGAAUAUCGCCGACAUCAUGUACACGGGUAUUAUCUUACACAACAUGAUUAUAGCCGACGAAGGUCCGAGGGCGGCUAACUUAAACGAUGAGGAUGAAGCCGGAAGCUCAACUGCUAGGUCUCCCCCACGCCAAGGCGUGCAUACGACGGUGAACGAGAGGAUCGACACAAGACACACAAUGCGCGAUACAAGAACACACAUUGAGCUACAAAAAGACCUAAUCAAACACAUUUGGAUGAAAUUCGGCAACGAGUAG